AUGGACAACGCGCUAGGAAAGCUCCCCGCUACACGGUGGGACCGCCUGGUCGCGGUGCUGGAAGAAAACGAGCCCGAGCGGGCCAUCGAUGCCCUACGCAUCCUGGAGCAGGCCAAGAAGCUGAACUUGUCCGACUUUGAGCUAUUCUAUCUUCUUCUCAAACGCUACCAGGAGAGGCAACCGAGGAUCUUGAUAGACGUGGUGAGCCUCUACGCUAUGAUGAGUACGUGGAUGGAGUGGAUCGUGCAGGUGCAGUGCUGCCUGGACGCACAGAGGAAUAAGAUGGACGCCAGCAGCUCUUUCCACACCGCCAAGGUAGAGCUGGGGUCGGUGCAAACCUCAUCCGACUUGGCUGACUAUGGGCAAACGCUGCCGUUCCCCUCCAGUAACAACUCCUCAAGCCGUUUAAUUUCCUCAAAUCCAGUGGACAGCUCCACGAACGGCGACAAUGGCUGCGGCAGUCAGCUGGACAGCCCCGUCCGUGCCUCCCACAACGGGGCUUCGUCAACCUUGCGUGGGCUUCGUAGAAAAUCGGACUGCCGCAGUCUCUCGACUAGACCUCACUUGUGCUUCGAACUCGGCCCUGGCUGGAAGUGGGACGGCUUGCUGGACUUUCUGCGCAACGGACGCGUGCUGAGCUGCCUUGUUGAGGAGGCUCUGGGCCUCUGUGGCAAACUUGAGGCGCUGCAGGAUCACCUCUCUUGCCCAGAGACGCUGAGUCUGAGCACUGACGAGAUCUUGCACCCGUCGCCGACAGACAUGAAUCGUGUCAUUAAGGACGUAGCCAUCGACGGAGCAACCGGCGGGGCCAGCGCGAACGAGUCCUUUAGCCCACAGAGCUACCUCUCCACCCUCGACUCGUCACAGCUGAGCUGCAGCCGACGUGGCAACGUGAAGCUUUCGAAGACACUAAAAAUGAUCGAGGAGCAAAGGAAAAACCUCGCGGCGACCGAGCAGUGGGUGCGGAAGCUGAAUGACAUGUGCGAGCGCUUUCUCGGUUGGGAAAGGUCAGCGCACAAUAACAGCGUCUUCUUCGAUCUUUGCAACCUCAACAACUUUGUACGCCCCCUCCACUCAGACGACGCACACUUGCUCUACCGCCUGCAUUGGCUCGCCGUGGCGCUCUACCGCGUCGUCAACGACCCGUCCAUCAUACCGGCGCCGCCGCGCAUGAGCUUCAUUGUAUGCCGCGACGACCUUUCCGGACUGCUGGACACAUCUGAGGAGGACAAUGAAAUAGACCUUUUGGUGGCUGCCAAGCGCAGUUGUCUCCCGCUCAAAACGCGUCUGAGCGUGACUAUGAAGGAUGCCAGCAUCAUGCAACUGCACCACCCCGACAUGAAGGCCAGCCCCCGUCUCCUGCGGUGUGCUCUAGUCAAGGGCGAUGUAUUUGUUUACUUUGAAGAGUACCACGCCUUCGUCCCGGUUUGGUCAGUCUUCCAGUACUUCAUUCAGCACCUUGACGAGUUGACCUGGCGCUUCGAGGUGAGCCGCGAAGAACGGGAGCAAGAGCAGCAGGUGCUCGGGACGACAUUUUCAUUGAUGCACGGACGCCUCGGUGCCACCGAUGACUUCACCGUCAACAAUGGAGGCGCGACGUUUGACCUCACAAUACGCAGUUCCACCGUGCGACAUAACCGCCAGCGCAGGCCAUCAGAGGCUCCGAGCAACACCCAGUCGAUGUGGAGCUCGACCACCCCCAACCCCUUUGAUUUGUUAGUUGACUGCAAGGCGCCCGUCACGGUGCUGCCGCGAUCUUUUUCCCAUCGGUCAGUGACACAGGCCGGCACCGGCAUCGAGGGUGACAUCGCUGUGGCGAAGGCGCUGCUAAGCCGCAUGUCAACCUCGUCCUCCCACUCUGCCGAACCAUCCCUGUCGUCUCACUCGUCACCGAAUACUACAAGACCUGAUUACAUUCCACUACCACCCCUCAACCUGGCUACUGGCGAGGGCAUCACGAACAAAUCUUACGCCGUCUCGUCGACCACUGACGGAGCUUCUACCGCUGCCGCCCCCAGCGCAUCAGCAUCGGGCAUCGGCAUAGCUUUGAAUGCCAUCAACCCCCCCGUUUCAGACUCGUCGACGUCUGCGUACAUGGUAUCUCCUCUCGCCCCUAAGCUAUGGAGCGAGGCGCGUGACGAGUCAGCUGAGGACCAGGGACCCCUCUCGCGAGAGACGGCGACGCUCAUGGUAGAAAGGAAGGAUACUGUGGAGUGUGACUGCAAUGCUGGCGUUAUCUCUAACGAUGCGGCGCCGAUGACGUCGUCCUGCGCUGUUUCCUGCACCCCCACCCCACAGGUGGUGGUGGCUAGGGAGGCACACCUUCACUACGGGAUCGACGCGCUGAACAAGGACGAAGAGCUGAUCAGCGAUGCGACGAUGACGCUGAUGAGUAGCGGGAGCUACAUGAGCACCCGAAACUUCACUGCAUCAGUGUUCCAAGAGUCGGAGCCGAGCGGCAUCGCGCUUUUUCCCCACCGCUUCCGCGUAAGCAGCGGCCCCAUCGGGAAAGGUGCCUUUGGUGCUGUAUACAAGGCUCUGAAUCUAGAUACGGGCCGAAUCGUGGCGGUGAAGCAGUCGCGCUACUCGUACGAUGACAAUACGGCAGACCUCAACUGGCGUGAGUUUCGAAUGUGGUCGAUGCUGCCACCGCACCCGAGCGUCAUCACCUUCUACGGUGCCUCGAGGGAGGUGGACACGCACCAGCUACUACUCGUGAUGGAAUACGCCAGUGGUGGCAGCAUUGUGCAGCUGUACCGCCAAUUUUGGCCCAUUCCGGAGUCACUCUUUUACGAUCACGCGCUCGGCAUAGCCCGUGGUCUGAAGCAUCUGCACGACUACAAUGUAAUUCACGGCGACGUGAAGCCAGAGAAUGUGCUGACGCGUUCAGAUGGCAGUGUGGCUAUCUCUGAUUUUGGGUGCAGCCGCUUCUCGCUUGUCGGCACCGACAGCGACAGCUCUUCGUUUCGUUCGUCCCUGCGAGAGAGCGGCUCCUUGUUGUUAUUCGGGACGGCUGCGUACAUGGCGCCGGAGGUGAUCUUGAAUGAACCACACCUCAAGUCGGAUGUGUGGGCCUACGCGUGUACGCUGUUGCAGCUGUGGCUGAGGGAGGCACCGUGGUCCACUGGGGAGCGCUGCUUCUCAGCGCUGGACGCCAUUCCGCUCAUGUUCUACAUUGCGACUGAGGAGGUGGUGCCCUUCACGACGGAGCAGCUUGAGCGGUCUCCGGGGUGGCUGCAGCGCAUCGCACAGCGCGCGUUUGAGCGAAGUGUGGAGCGGCGCUGCUCCAUGGCCGAAAUCAUCAGCAUCUUGGGCGAGCACCGCCGAUCAUCCUGA